GCGACCGGGUAGAAAACUGAGUAAGAAGGUAACUGUGAUGGUCACUCAUGUGCGACCGCCCGAAUUCGUUACCAACUCAAUAGGGGCGGAUGAACCAUCCAUAGCUGAGGUUUUGCAAAGUGUCGCCGCUGGUAGACUGGACAGGAAGUCGUUUUCGACGAACAUAGGUAAGUCGAUUGUUUUAGAGGGUCCUACAGGUGUAUCCUUUCGCAUAUAUUCAGGGUCGCCUCCCGGUUGGACGUUUGGCUGGUCCAUUAUCAAGUGGAAGCACACAUUAUGGACGGAUGAUUGUCUGUUCCUGCACGACAAAUCGCAUGUAAAUCGUACCCAGUACGUGAGUGUGACAUGCGUGAUGCAGCCGGAAAAUGUGGCCCUGGUACUCGUUGCGGUGAAUGUGCCAGGGACGCAGUGGACUCGGAGUAUGGUCGAGGCACAUGUAAGGCAGGCUGUGUUGACUAACAUAUCCGAAUGGAUGGAUUUGAACAAUAAAACAACGGAGAGCGACCGCUGGUCGGCAUGUUAUAAUGUAGCUUACCGUUUUGCCCCAGUGCAAGUUCAGUGGAAUUCGACUGUCCGGGAGGGCGACGCCGUUGUCAUGUACGGGCUUCUCAAUGGUCGACACGAAGAGGAGGACUUAAAGUGUAUGCGGAACUGGAAGCCGAUUCAGUGGCACGACCACAUUGCACUGAGUCCUAAUCCAGUGGGGAAUUAUUUUACCAUCACCAUCGCCCAUGCCAUCUACUCCGAUACUGGUAUAUACGAAUGCAGACCGGAUCACACGGUGACAUCCCAGAGGGAGUUUUGGGGGCUUGGGCCACGUUGGUUGCGUGUAAUACCUGAUUCGUCCAAAACGACCAAGUGUGGGCUGUCGGUUGACAAGGCAGGAAGCAAAAGGCUCAGAAAUGGAGGUCAGGCCAUAAACGGGUUGGACUAUUUGAUGGCAGGCGAAAAGGCGUAUGUGACGUGUAUGUUUGAAACAGGGUUCGCCGAGUUUUACCGACCAGUAUUCCGGUUGAAACACCACAUGCUGGACACAAGCACGGGGCACUCAGAGCCUGCAGACAUAACCUUCAACAUUGUGGUAUCGUCACACGCCAGUGGAACGUUUACAACGUACGUGUAUGAAAUUGAGGGCAUUCGAUCCAGGUUCUACAAGGGUCCUCUGACCGCCACUUGCGAAGCUGUAAUCAAAUUGCACCAUGUGGACGAAGGGUCAACCCGCCAGCAUGUUGUAUCAUGUCAACAAACAUAUGCUGUGUUAGAGCCAGCAAAUGGCGAGGUGCUGAUUGAGACGUUGUCAAAGGAUUAUGAGUCGCAACCAGUGCCCCUGGGUACGGAGUUCAAAUGCACCGGUGGUUAUGGAUCACCACCCCUGAAACACAGUUGGACUCCGAACAACAUCGGUCAGUAUGAACGUAUCUCAUCCGUCCGAGUCCCAGACACCUCAAAUCCAGGUGAUCACCAUGAUUGGAUCGGGCCGAGACAAACUUUCACAGAUCAACCGACCAAUGGGCUGCUCAUCAAGGAAGAUAAAUUGCUCAUUCCAUAUGACCGUCGUUAUCGGGGGAUGAGCUAUUUGUACACGUGUUGGGGCAAUAACUCCAUUGAAGACGAGGUGUGGAGUGUGAGAAAAACAAUUCGCUUCACCGUGAUGAUAUGUCCGACGCGAGUUGUUCCAUUGGAUCUGACUAUCCUACUAAGCUCACGACUACUCUCUCGAUGCACUCUCGAGGGUAAUCCUGACAGAGAGAUACAGUUCUAUGGGCAUUUUUAUCUGCCCUUGAUUCAGCAGCUGAUUUUGGGUCUGCCGUACGGACCCACGCAAGUGCAGUUCCACUUCAUACGCGAUGUUGUCUUCGACCACAACACCUCAAUUAGUUUUCCGCUCACAGCAUUCAACCAGCAACUUAGUCGGGAGCAGUUGCUCCGCACCGUCAAUCCGAUGGACUGGAAACCUAAAACCGAUCCUGGUGGCUGCGGUGCGUCACCCAUCAUCUUCGACUCGGUAUUCGCGCACCUAGCUAGAUUGCGUCAUGUUCCACCGCCCGGUCGCGAACACGUUCUCGUGUUGCCAUUUGAUGAUUUCACUGACAUUCGCAUCAGCAAUGAGACCAGUUCUUUGCUCUCCAUGCUACUGCGUACCAACAUGACCAUUUUGUUGCUCAGCACAGUCGGACAAGGAGCGCGUGGGAGUGCAAUUAUCCACAAGCUGGAGGAUCUACUUUCCCCCGUGCGCACGAUUAACAUUUUGCCCAACUUCGAUGGUGACACCGACUGCUUGAAAUGUCGUCCUCGAUUGGAGGCGGUGACAUUUCGCAUCGCUCGAGAUAAAAUCUUUGAUACGGUAUGUGAGGCGACCGGUAUCCUUCUUCCGGAUUCCUGUCCUGCACCCGCUCUACACUUCUCCAUACCAAGUCGCCACUGGUACAAUGGCCAACAUCUGGGAAUCACAUGUACUGCUAAUUUAAGUCGGCCGUUUCGUGGACAAACUGUCACAGGUGUGGCGAUUUGCUUGAUUAACGGAACCGUCUUGCAAAGCCUGGAGCAACGUCCUCUCAAUAUCCAGCAUCUGAUGAAUGCGUGUAACAAGGAGCUGGCCAAUCGUGUUACAAGCGUGAUUUCUGAACCAAGCGAAUUUUCAGUGAGUGCUCAGUUAUGGCUGCGGAAGUGGAAGGGCGUGGCCCCACUGCUCAUGUGUUAUCAACGGCAAGGUAAUAAAGAUCCGCAGCUCACUGAUAUCGUCAACUACAGCACUGCAACACUGACUGUUUUGGAGCCAAACUGGCGUACUCCCAGUCUAACUGUCAAGUGGCCAACAUUCGAAACUGGUGCAGCAGUAUUGGAUUGUCAUUUGAGCGGUUUCGCACCAAGGUCGGAGGUCCUGAUGCUCCUCGCUGUGGAUGCGAAUGGGCGAUUUUAUAUCGUGGCACGCAGGAAAGUCGCCUUCAAUCCACUCGGUGAGAUGACAAUUGUGCAUAUCGGUUGGCAUGAAUUAUGGCCGCCUUUGGGACCGGGAAAGCUCUUCUGCUUGAUACAGCCGAUGUCGACUGAGAGCCACAAGCAGCGCGUCCUAUCCCGCAUGCCGGUACAAUCAGAUUUGGUGGGGAUAAGUCAGCCAGUAACGAGGUUACGUCUGCCCGACAAUUGCCCCAGUGCACCGAAGGUCUGGACCGAACCAUCCACUGGCGAUCGACUACUCCCACAAGGCUCACAGUUGGAUAUGAGAUGUGAGGGAGCAGUCACGACGCACAGACUCCCACUCAAGAUGUAUUAUCUGACUGCGAAUUUCUCGCUGGUGGUAUGUGCUGUAGAUGGCGCGGUGCACAGACAUGGGGACGUGUCCACGACUACAGCAAACCAAUCGAUUUGGAUAGAAUCGGAGCACGUGUGCACUUCAGUCACUACUGAAGAUCAGACAUGUUCGCAACGCAUCAGAGGAGAAGAGAACUGGUUCAGCUUAUACUACGAGACAUCAUGUGGAGUGAAGUGGAAUCCUACGAGCCUCGAAGUGUUCCGAAGCAUACGACUAACCAUCAAACAGCUCCGACAUGUGGAUUUUAUGGCACUCAGUUUCUGUGAGCCGAUAAUCUUGCAACCAACUAGAGGAGAUCAGACAAAAUCGACUCCUGAUCUCACAAGUGAUUCCAUUAUUGUUCGCUUCGAACUCCCUCCACAAAUUACCAACUUCUACUUCGACCCGAAGCGAGAAUACUGGUUUUGUGAAACCUACUCAUUCCCGUCAAUUAAUUCCGGUUUGAUCAAAGUUUUGCAAGCCUCACCACCAACUCUGGCGAAGCAACUGAGGUUACGCACGACGGAAGAAGAUCGAACACCACCGAGCCUAAAGGAUCCGCAGCUGGCUUCGGGAAGGACGAAACCCUACUUGAAUUACUACUUCCGCCUUGUCUUUAAGCCCCGAUCGCCCACUCAUGUCAGGCUAAGACGUGGGGAAGCAAUGCUGCGAUGCGUCUUUCACUCCCUACACAAGGAUCUACACACGAGUGUUGGAAUGAUUGGGGACGAUCCGGUUGUUCAACAUCCUGAAAUACUACUAGCUGGUGACGCGAUGGAUCACGACUGUUCGAUGGCGACACAUCUGGAAUUGGCGCACAUCACUUUGCAUCGUCUGAUUCGCUACACCUGGCUGCAUUAUGACCUGAGUGUGGCCAUGUUCCCUCUGAGGCCUCCGAUAAAGUACAGUUCAGUAGUCCGACCUGAAACUCAGUGGACUAUUCAGCUGUUGCAUCCUUCAUCGAGGCUUACGAGGAAUUCCGGCGUGUCCAUCAUAAUGGAUGAAGACAGCACCAUCAUCUUUGUCCAUCCGAUUUCGGAGUUCGACCACGGGGAAUACUAUUGCACGGGGAUGACGGUGAACAACACGAUUCUGCGAACCAACCCUAGAACGCAUUUGAUCCAUGGCAUGCAGAAACACUUCGCUUUCGGAGUGCGAGUGCAGGACGUACAGAAGGUGUGGUCAUCGGUGUGUCCAACUGUGCUGUUGGGACAAGUGGCGCAGUUCAGAUGCUCCAUUUGGUCAACGAAUCCUGCCGGACGACUAGUGACGCAUUUCCGAAUAUCAAGCGCCAGUCAGAACGAGAAAUUGCACAGUGUGUACUUACAGGCCACCCAUCCACACGGAGUCAUUUUGGGUGAGAUAAGUGUGUAUGUGAAUGUGACAAGUGGCAAUUUCGCGAAUGACUUUGUCUGCCAUUUUUCAGAUCGCACGAUAGCAAUGAACAGGACAAUCCAUCCGGUGAAGGCGGCGUGCACUACACCUAAUCUGGAAUGGAGCCCCAGUGAUAAGAAAGAGUACGGAGUGGACGAUGAGAUCAGCUGUGAAGUUCGUGGGGGCUGCGAACACGUUCGAGCUAGGUGGACAUGGGUUGCCGGUCCGAUUCCGCAACUCGUACCUGAGUCAUACGAUCAAGCACACUUGCUGAGCAGUUCAAGCAACAAACUGAUUCUCAAGCGACUGCUUCGAAGUGGCAAUUACUUAUUUCGCUGCAUCGCCACUUGCGAGUGUCCACAUGGGACGAUGAGGAAUUCAAUUCUGGUCACACUCUACGUGAACAUUGCGCGAGAUCAGGAGAUUGGGAGCGUGACGCAAGGUCUCGAGUGGGAUCGGAGCGACAUCACGGGUAUCACUUCAACGAGUGACACUACUGUGUCUAAUAGGCGCCCCGACUAUCCCCAUUCGUUAGUCGAACACUGGUCGGAGAGUCACUAUCAAGACUUGAAAACCGACGGAGGAACUAAUGUACCAUCCAAGGCACCUGAGCCUCAGGCAUGGGUGCAGCUCUCCACUGUCGAUAGCACUGUUGAAUCGACUGAUGAUUUCCCAAUUCCCGACGAAUUGCGCGCUCAUUCGUCCUCGCAAACCGAAGAUGGUCUCAAACAGACAUUCUCAUGGCAUGGGCACAUGACCACCGCAGAUCGACUUGUGUCCACUGGUUUCGUAACUACUUCAAUUUAUCAAAGAAGACCAUUGUCAAAGCUUGGGCAGCCCGUACAGACUGAUAAGUUAGAUGGAGUAUAUUCAGAGGCAAUCUCACAAGUUGCAGCUGCUCAGAAAGAUAGAAUGGGAAGUCAAGCUGUUGAUGCUGUUCCUUGGGGGAAAGAUGAAGGUCGCACAUCCGUCUCCUCAUCGAUUAAAGGUCUCUACAGUGUGGUGGAGAGACUUAGAGCACCAAAAACACGACACUUUUCACAUCGACGAGGUGGUAUAUCAGAUGAUGAAUUAUUGCCAUUGAACUGGUUGCAGUCGAUGCGCGACGAUAUUCCGAGAGGUGUGUUUGCUACUGCGCGAAUGAUGGAGACGAGACCAGAAGGAUGGCGAGUAAUUCGAAAUGUAACUGAACGCAGCCCAGAAAACCAAAGUAGCGGAGGUGAGGUAUCAGUCAGUCAGUCGAGAAAACGAAUAUGGUCCUCAGUUGAUUUAGUCGGUUAUCCAAUGGAAACGCAGAUGAAGGAAUCCGAAUUCCAUAUUAGAGAGCCGGUAGUGAGAUCCAAAGGAGUAGUUGUACCCAUGGGGACUUUGAGAAGUGUGAAUGAGAUGGGACUUGAUGGAAUUAGUGUUUCUGAGGAGCCGCCUGAAAGCACUCCUAUGCUGUGGAUAGACGUGAAUGUGAGAUCGAGUAAACUUGAGGAAAAUCGGAAAGCAAGUUGGACAAUCCGAGAGGCAGAUCUCUAUCCCGUGAUAUCGACGCGAGGGCAACAACCUCAAAGAUAUCGGUUGCAACGGGAUCGUGGUGUAUUUGGCAUGAAGUAUCUUCCAGCGGAUUGCUGCGUUCACCAGGAGUGUACACUAUGGGGCAAAUCUCACUGGAAUUUUGACGGACAAAGUCACAUUUUCCACUGGGUGCCGUUAGAACAACGCAGCUGGAUUCAAGAAACAGCACCAUCAUAUCCGGAGCGACGGUGUGGAAGAAUGCGAAUUGACGCAAGUAAUGAUCAAAAUGCAUUGCGGACUGCGGUCAUGAAGCCAGAGAUUCUCACAGGUGUAAAUGAUAUGGAGUUCGCCUGGGACCCUGGGAAGAAUGUGCAACCCCAAACAUGGUAUACCACACGCAGCAGGUUGGUCAAGGAGCAUCUGAGAAAUUCACUGGUUCCAUGGCGCCUUGAAAAGCAGGAGCUUGACGUGAUCCUGGAUACCUGUCUUGUCGUGUUGCCUGCAUCCAUAUCUGCAAGAUGCCCUGAUCUCACGGGGGAAUGGUUUACAACGUAUCGACCAGUGCAAAUCACCUGGACGCGACAGCCGUAUCUGCACAAUAUUCAGUCGUCGGAUGUGGAGGAACUAGUGCAAUUCUCUCUAAUCGAAAGGCGGGUUAGGACGUUAUCUCCGCGUGGGCAAAUGUCCAAAAGACUGUUCCUAUACCCUGAGCAUAAGUGGUCCACAGCCCAUACAUUAGACAUGAAGGUUGAGACGCAGGAUGACUAUGGAUUUUAUGGAUGUACUGCAACGUUGCAGCCUCUCCGAAGAGAAGGUGGGUUGUUGAAUGUGUCAAAGACAAGCCCCAAGCCAUUGUGUAUUAUACCAAGCAUCAUUCAACCGAAUAUUACCAUUGACCAUUUGGGGAACGGCAGUAAAGAAUCCAAGAGCAAAUGUUUGAGAGCCGGCGACGAAAUAUUGAUUCGUUGCACGGAUCUCAAGAGACAGAUGUUCUGUGAACAUGUGGACAUGAUGACUCAUGGCUAUCGAAGCAUAAAAACCAGGCUGAGGGCUUAUCUAUACUUGCUGAGGGACACGAAGUCAUAUCGAGUAAUCCAAGUCAGUAAUGACUCUGAUGAAAUCGAGCCAUUGGAUUUGUUCUCGAACCAGACGGCGAGAACCUGGAAGAUGACAGUUGACGCGUCGAUGCGUGAUGCAUAUGUGACGUGCACAUCUCAUCUAGAGUUGGCGCCUCCGUCUUCGGGGCGUCCUGUCUAUUGGGAUUGGCUAGAGUAUGAGUUUACUUUGCGGCAAGCUCGAUUGUCUCGUCGAUCUCAAGCCAUACACAUUUGUGUUGAGCAAGGCGGUGACACACUACAGUUUUACCCUUCCCCUCUCGACGGUAAACUGACGCUUCGUCCCGGACAGCUGCUCACUUGUAGCAGCUCAACAGCCAGCCCGGACUCGCCGGUGAUCACAGUAUACUCCGUUUCGGGUGCGAAAAUUCACAGCGCGACGCAUUAUAGUCUACUACGUAAGACCAGGUGUGUGGAGAGGACUUGGGACUCGCCCGUAUUCUGGCGCAAUUCCGUAAGACCGGGUACCGCUCGUCUCUUUGUCCCGAGGACUGAACGGUCAAGGCGUGUAUUCUGUGUUAGCUGUGCGCAAACGUCUACGAACACGUCGCAACAUCUCAUACUUUUCCUGCAAGAUGAACAACAGCUCACAACCCGGUUCCUCACAAUUUCAGCUGGCUGCGUCUUGGUUUCUGCUUUUCUACUCAGAUGUUUAAUGAAGUACCUCAAACUGGAAGUGUCCAUCUACCGUUACACGCGACCAUCUCUGAGAGAGCGCCAGCAUGCUCAGAAUUGCCCCCACUAUUGAUCUUCUGCUUUUUGUACAUCAGUUUAUAUAUGAACAAGAUUACAACAAAGUUAUUGAACUUUCUACGUAUUGUGUGCCAAUCCGUUCCUUCGGGAACGCUUAUUCUGGCGCUUUGUAUUACGGUAGAUGGUUGGGUACAACUCAGAUACUGAUCAG